AUGACCUGCGUGAGGGAGAUCACCAUUCUCCGAGUGCCGCCUCACAGGGAGAAGGGCGCCAGAAAGAUUCGCGUCCGUCUGCUGUGGCGCGGCGCCGCCGCGUGCCAGAACUGCUGCCUGGCAAAAGGCGACGACGACGUCACGGUGGCCGAGCACAUCGGCCACAAUCCAAAGGCCAGCGUGAGCGUGCCUGUGAGGUUCGAUCGGUGCUGUGCCAUGCCGCAGUUCAAGUCUGUCUUCGGUGAAGUGAAGAAAUGCCAGAAGAGUGGAUCCCCCACAAAAGUUAUCCCGAGCUUCGCGCCUCCCGCGCGGGAUGCCAAGGCCAAGGCAGAGCCGAAGGCCAAAGCAGAACCGAAGGCAAAAGCGGAGCCAAAGGCUGCGCCAGAGCCGAAGGGCAAGGCAGAGAAGGGCAAGGGGGAGCCCAAGGCGAAGGCAGAGCCCAAGGCGAAGACGGAGCCCAAAGCGAAGGCGGAACCAAAGAAGGAAGCCGCGCCCGCGCCCGCCGCAGGCGCCAUACCAAACGGCGGUGGUGACCUUGAUCAGCAAAUCCUCGCCGUGGGCAACCAGAUCCGCGAGAAGAAAGCCGCCUUGAAAGAGCAAGGCCUUUCCGGGAAGAAGAUCAACGAAGACCCCGAGAUCAAAGCGCUGGUCGAGCGCCUUACUGCUCUGAAGGCCGGCAACAGCUAA